AGUCCUCACACUCGAGCAUGAACGAAUUAGACAAAGAUCGGUUGAAUUACAACAACUUAUCAUAAUAUCAAAUCUUGACUCUUUGCAAAACCACCUUGAAAGCAUUGAGGAAGCUAUAAUAUUGGCAAAACACGGCAUUCCAAGCAGCAAGAUCCUGAGAAAUCAUUCUGAUUGCGUUUUUGAAAAAAUUUAUUCCAACGGAAUAAUAAAGAGAAUCGAUGAAACAAAUAUUCUCAUAAACGACGCCAUCGCCGGAAUUUCCUCCAACUGCAGUAACAUAAACCAGCAACUUCAAGGUUCAUUCCUUAUACAGUUUAGCAAAUGCAGUAUAUACAUAAAUGGAGAAGAAUUUACGAAUUUAGAAACUACAAUUCCUGCAAGAUCAUACUACCCAACCCUUGGAAUAAUGGCGACAGAGAUUGACAUAAUAGACGAACCACCA